GUUUUGUAAAGACCGACCGGAAAACCUGGAACUACUGCUUGCGGAGAAAAUAACUGGAAGUAGCGGAGAGCUAAAAGCUAACUACGCUGUACUUCUCGCUGUCAUCAAGCUGCUUUGUGGCUAAAAUUAAAUCGUUUGUUUAAAAGUACUGGCAUUUUUCUUGCUGGUGAAGAGUCUGUUUUUCAAAAAGGUUCACUAUCCUGGUCGACUUGAUCCCUCCGUUUGUGUGUGAGUCGCUUCGGCUGCAGUCCUCCGUCUCUCUGGGCUUGGGUGAAACUGGCUCUGUGCCAGUCCUCUGUAGAUGAAGAUGUCCCUGGCCCAGCGAGUGCUCCUAUCAUGGAUCUUCGCCCUCAUCUUCCUCAUUAUGCUGGUCCUCAAGCUGGACUCUAAGAUUCACUGGAACUGGUUUAUCAUUUUCCUCCCUGUCUGGACCUUUGACACCAUCCUCAUCCUCAUGCUGAUAGUGAAGAUGGCGGGGCGCUGCAAGCCGGACUUUGACCCCAGGGAUGGCGAGCAGAGCCUGAAGAGGAGGCUGUGGUACCUGACGGCCCUGCUGCUGAAGCUGGCAUUCUGUCUGACACUGUGCUCACGCCUGCAGAGACUCACCGAAAUGUGGGUCAGUGUGGUGUGUGUACCUCUGUGGGUGCUACUGGGUGGGGCGCUGGUGGAGCUGGGGCACAGUGUUUUCCACUACAGAAGGGAAUGAACCAGAA